GGCAGUGGUGGGAGGUAGGUCGUGAAGGCUGAGCUCGGCAGGGCGAAUAACCUGUCGAGGGUGUCGCAUUUGUAGGGAGGGGAUUUGAAAUCAGACAGUGGGACUCCGAGGGUCCCAUAACCCCCGGACCACGCUUACCGUCUGUCAGCCUGCUGCUUCCCCUGCGACAGCCACCUUCCAGGCGCCCUGGAGACCUAGAGCACGUCUUACCCUUCCCUUCCCCUAGAAGCCCCCGUAGAGUCCUGUGGUUGAUUUAACGCUGUCAUUCCCUUAAACCCUUCCCCGAAAUAGGCAGGCCAGUGUGUGUGCCAGGAGUUAUUGUUAGGUGCAGGGGAUUUUGAGCAGGUAGGACAUUGGGCGAGACAGACAGGAUCCCUGCUUUCACAGAACCUGUGUGGAUGAGACAGACAGGAAACUAGUAAACAGGUAGGUAAGAGAACAUUAGCUAGUGAGAAGUGCUGUGGAGAAACAGCGUGAUGAGUGGGGCGUGGGCGGUUACUUUACAUUGGAUUCUCUCUAGAUGACGUUUGAACUGAGACCCAAAGGAUAGAAGAGCCGGGCCUGGAAAAAAUGCGGGGAGGAGCACUCCUGACAUAGGGAACAGCAGGAGCAAAGAAGUGAAGGGCAAAGGGCUUGGCAUGGCCAGAGAACAGAAAGAAAUCUCAGUGCUUGUGGUGGUUUUGAGGUUUGUGAUGACAUGGUGACUAAGGAUAUCAUGACACCCCUGGUCGCACUGCUAAAAGAGUGUAGUGCUGGACUGGAUUCAGAUGAGAUGUCUCCCCAGGAAAAAAAGGAUCAGAACAGAAAUUCAGUUGAGAACAUAGCCAAUGAGGCUGUGAAUGUACUGUGGAAUAUAUGUGAAUGCAAUAAUAGAGCAGUAUCUAUAUUCAACAAAGAAGGCUGUUUGGAGAUUGUAUUAAAGUAUUUAAGUAGGUUUUCCACCAAUGUUGACCUGGCUAUUUCAGUAGCAAAUUGUUUGCAGACUGUGACUGAAGAUAAUCCAGAGUUACUGAAAUCAUUCAGUGCUGCAGGAUUGCAAAUACUGGAAUCAGCAAUGCUGUCGUCUGUCAAUUCCAUGGAGUACAUUCUAUUAAAGACAUUAGUGGCAGGCACAGUUUGGAAUCUAAAGGACCUUAUUCCUUCCAGGAGUCAAGCAGAAAUCAUAAAUGCUGUACUCAAGAUCCUGUCGGAAGUUUUGGAAAUGGAUGCUGGUCAGACAGUUAUUCAGAUGAAGGUGGCUGAAACUCAGAGGUUGAAAACUGCUGCAGAGACUGAGGAAAUCUUAGAGAGUGCUAAUGGUGAUGUUUUGAUUGAAGAUGAUGAAGUGGAAGAAAUGUCUCACAAAAGAAAAGCAAGAAGGAAGGCCUUUGUUUCAGAUUUACUUCCGCCCACUGACAAGGAACUGAGACAGACCACAGCACUGCUGUCGGCCCAGCAGACUGCUUUGGAAAUUAUUGUCAACAUGUGCUGCAGUGAAGAUCCUUCUGAUGAUGAGUGGGAAGAGUUCUCUAGCAGUGAUGAGAGUGAUGCAUUUAUGGAGACUUCCUUCAAUGAGUGUGGUGGGCAGCUGCUGUCUCCCCUGUGCCUCUCCCAUGAGAUUCACACUGCGCUCACCAACUGUCUCAUCCCAAAGAAGAUUGUUGAGAAAACUGCCUUUCCAAACUGCACUGCAGUUGACAUAUGUUCUAAGAACCCCACUUGGAAACCUUUGAUUAGAAAAAUGAACACGAUACAGUGCAGAGCCCUCGUGUGUCUCCAGAGUCUCGUGUCCCUCCUGGAUGUGGACCACCUGGGAGGGGCUCCAGCCCUUCAGACACUUGCUCAGCAUCUGUCCCAGCUGCUUUUUUCUCAGCCAGAUUUUGCUAAACAUACUGACUUUCUAGAAGCCAUAAGUGGUGCCUUGAGGGCCCUUUUGCAAACAAUGGCCUCCAAGAACAUUUCUCAGUGCAUGACUCCUGAUCAGCUGAUGACAUUAUGCAAAGCAGGCAUUUAUAACAGUAACACCGGGGUUAGAGUGAAUGUUGUUAGUAUCUUAGGAAUCACUGGCAGCGUCUUAGCCAAAGAAGAUGGUACUCUUGAAACCCUUAAGACCAUUGGGUGCUGUCUGCUUGAGGUCGCCACCAAAGACCCUUCCCUUGUAGUAGCAGGAGAAGCUCUGGAUGCCCUCUUUGAUGUUUUUGCAGAUGGUAAAGAAGCCGAAAAAGCUUCAGUUCAAAUUAGAUUGUUAUCUGCUCUGAAAGAAUUCCAGCCAGUCUUCAAAAUGAAGAUGCGAAAAGAAGGGAGAAGUAAAUACAGUCAGGAGCAGCUGUGUGUUCUCGACAAUGUGAAAAUGAAUCUGAGAAGGUUUAUCACUUACCAAGAAACUGUUGAGAAAAGGCUGACUUCUUGAACCAUGGAAGAAGAGACAGUUUUUGCCCUUAAGUGUUCAAUGCUAAGAAUACUAAAAGGUUUCCAUUGAAAGUACCAAUAUUCUAGACAUUAAUUUGAAGUUCAUAAAAACUUGAAAACCUCUCAAGAACUUUAUCUUUUAAGCUCCUGGGUCUGGGUGGCGUUUCCAGCCCUCUCUGAUCAAUUCUGUUUCCAGCGUAUUUUAAUCACUGGAAGCACAGAGAGUGGAAAUGAGGAAGCAUGAAGGAGUCUCACGUGAUCCUUAACCGACUUGUGAGCAGUGAAAAUGAAGACGCUUCUGAACAAUCAUGUUUUCCUUGAGUUUUUUUUUUAAAAAAAAUCCAGAGUAUUGGCUGGAUGCUCUUUGAAGUCGGUAUCAUUUUAUAUUGGCUGAAUCUUGAACUGAAAGAUGAAGACAAGCUUUAUGAAACAGUUUUUGGUAUGAAGUUUACUGAUUUAUGUUUGCCUUUUGUGAAGAAGUGAAUGAGUUGAAUUUAUAUUUCACUAUUUAGUAGUUAUACUAAUGAGCUACUUGUCAUCCUGUAUACAAGAUGAGGAGCCCUGGUGGCAAAAUGGUUAAAGAGCUUGGCUGCUAACCAAAAGGUCGACAGUUCGAAUCCACCAGCUGCUCUUUGGAAACCCGAAGGGGCAGUUUACUCUGUUCUGUAGGGUCGCUGUGAGUUGGAAUUGACUCCAUAGCAGCGGGUUUGGUUUUGGUUUUUUAUCCAAGAUGAACUGAUCAAUUAUUGCUUUGUAGCAUCCCUCCUUGAUUUGAUUUAAUAUGGAAUAGGAAUUAAGAGAUAAUAUUUUUGAAUAAAUAACUUUUUAAUUGAAACUUUGUGUUACAAAAUGUUCUUUAAAAUACUAGAUAAUCCUAUUCUUGGGUAUUUGCUUGCUAGUGCAUAUGCUUUAAAUAUAUAUGGGACCUUCAAAACAAGGUUUGCAGCAGCAGGGAUCUCCAGCUGUAAGGAUGCAGUGAUGAGGUGACAGUUGGAGCAGGGGGGUGCUUUCAGUACAAGUCGUUGUCUGAGAGGGGCUCCUGUCCGCCUGAACGGGAGGGUUGUGGAUGGAGAUUUGGAAAUUUCCCCACAGUGAUCUCAGUUGCCCUGUUAAAAGGCCAGUACCCAGUAUAAGACUUAACUUUUGUUUACUACUCUUACAGCUGCAUAAAAUGAGCUAGCAGUGUUACAUUUCAUCUGCACUGUAACAUAUUUUACAGACUCUGUCUGUAUGAGAUAGAUUGUUGGGAAACCAAGAUUUCUUCCUCGUUCUGACAGUCACUGAGAUUGUAAGACCAGGUACUUGGUGUACUACAUGAAACGUCAGAUUCAAGGUGAACCAUUUUUGAAUCCUGAUUUGACAUGUUAGGGGAAGUGGCUAUUAGGUUACACCAUUUUGUAUUACUAGGCCUGCUUUCAUAAUCAUUUGAUUUCAUUUUCUAGGUGGGUCUUGUAAGCGCUGUUUUUUUUGCCCCUGAGUAAUAUGUUGACUGUUGAGCAAUCACGACUACUUUUUUUAUGUAAAUUCAAAUUAGGACAUACUGCAGCUGAGGCCAAGGAAAACAUCAAGGUGGCAUUUGGAGGGUGUUGCUAACCAGUGAACAAUACAGCGGUGGUUUCAGAAAUUUCACCUGGAGGCUUGAGCCUUCAGUGAGCCUCGGGAAAAACCAAAAUCUGUCAUAAAUGAAGACGAAUGGAAAGAAUUGUGGAAAGCAAGCCCCUGAAUAACAGUUUGAACUCUUGCAACAGACUUGGGACUAUCUCCUAUGACUGUUUCCUGCCAUUUGAGUGCCUUAAGAAAAGUGAAAAAGUUGGACAGAUAGGUUCCACGUGAAUUGACUGAAAAUCAGAAAUUUUGACUUCUGGAGGUGUGCUCAGCACUGCUAACAGGCGACAAAAACGAGCUUUUCUUGCAGCGUGUCAUUACUUGUGAUGAGAAGUGGAUACUGUUUGACAGUAAUAAACUAUCUGGGCGAUGGUUAGGUGUAGAGCAGUCUCCCAGACAUCAGCCAGAACCACCUCUGCGACCCAAAAAGAUUAUGGUGACUGUACGGUGGUUUGCAAAAGGCAUAAUCCAUUAUUCUUUUUUUGCAACAAGGGCAAUCAAACAGUGCAAACUCAUACUGUCAGGAAAUUGAUCAUAUUCAUGAAAAACAGAUCAAAACAGAUAAGACUGGUCAACAGAGAUGGAUCAAUUCUGCCACACGGCAGCGUGCGAUCCCACUUCUCAAACCACCCGUUGAAAAUCUGAGGAGCGAGGUUAUGAGAUUCUGUCGCACCCACCUUACUCACCUGACAUCUCCCCAAUGGAUGACCACCUCAUCAAGCACUUGGAACUCUUCAUACGUAAUCAAAGAUUCACAAAUCAAGAAGCUGUAGUUGAAGCAUUUGAGCAAUUUAUAGUCUCAAAAGAUGAAGCAUUUUUAAAAGAGGGAUAUAUAACAUCACAUUGGCACAAGAUGAUUGAACAUAAUGGAGCGUAUUUCAAUUAAAUUUGUUUCAUCUCAGUUUAUAAUGCAUUUACUUUUCCUUACAAAAACAGACAUUUCAUGUGGUAUCCCUAAGAUUCCCAAUAAAAAGUGAUACG